AAGACUAAUUUGAUGUGAAAGUUUUUGAAUAGACGGGAUACAGUCAAAGUGGGUGGGGCCUAGCGCCUCUCGGCCAUGGAUACAAUAUUAAUAUUUUAACAAAAAGAUAAAAAAAAAAGGGGAAAAUCUAGGGGAAUGUUUUUUUUUGGCAGAAGGUGCAAUUCAGCCCCUCUACCAACCAUGUUGUGGCAGAUCAGCCCCUGUACUAGAAACUAUGGCAAAUCAGCCCCUCUACUUCAUGUUAUCCGCAUAACACCCCUUUUAAUGAGAAUGACGUCAUCCAACCGUUACACCCUCCAUUGCCCGUUAAAACCUGAUGAGUUGGCACUGACUUGGAUCUGCGGUGAGUUUUUUGCCAAACUCAGCGACGCCAUCGCUAGUCAGCUGUUUGUCUUCUUCCUCUGCAACGUCAUCAUCGUUACUCUCCUCGCCAAGUCCAGCAAAUUAUCCACCGAGAAUCUCGAAGACAACAAUGCCAAGGAUGAACUCUACGAGGAAGUCAUCAGAAACACUGAAAAUUGCCAACUGCAAUCUUCAGAAGAUGCUGGGGAACACUCCAUAGAAGAGAUUGAUUUGGAAAUGCAGGGCAAUUUGGCGUCGGAUCUUGAUUCUGAUUCGAAUUUGGACAUGGAUAAUCCAAACUCUUACCGGAGGAGCAAGUCAGAGAAGUUCGUUAGACCGGGUGUGGAGAAGGGAAAAAGAAAAAAAGGUAUGCAUAUCUGUUUCAUUUUUUGUUCUGUUUGAAUCAGUGUUGUUAUCUUUUUUGUUGGGUUGAGUGUAUGCUUGAUUUUGUUUGAAUCAGUGGUUUUUCCAUUUUUGUUGGGUUAAGUAUAUGCUUGGUUCUGUUUGAAUUAAUGGUUUUCCCUUUUUUGUUAGGCUGAUUAUGUGCUAAUAACAAGGUCAGGGAGCC